AUGCAGUCCUCCAGCAUCUGUGUCCUCGCCAUUUGUGCCUUCGUUUUGGUCUCCUCCAUUGGAGCUGCUCCUCUGGACGACUCCCAACAUGCCACCAUCCUGAGAUACGACAACGACAACAUUGGCACUGAUGGCUACAACUUUGGUUACGAGACCAGUGAUGGUGUCACCCGCCAGGAGCAGGCUGAGCUGAAGAACGCCGGCACCGACCAGGAGGCGCUCAGUGUGCGCGGCUCCGUCAGCUGGGUGGCUCCCGAUGGCCAGACCUACACCCUGCACUACAUUGCCGAUGAGAACGGUUUCCAGCCCCAGGGCGACCAUCUGCCCCACAACUAA